AUGGACCCCCUGACCCACCUCGCGACGACCGCCGCCGCAAGGGGGGCGAGCCGGGCGGAGCGGGCGCACCUGGCGCGCGCCCUGGGCAGCGGCAGGCACGCGCUGGUGCUGUUCUACUCCAAGAACUGCAGGCUGUGCAGGGCGCUGCAGCCAGUCGUGGACGAGGCGGAGGCCUGCGAGGCGGAUUGGAUGCGGGUGGUGCGGGUGUGCACGGACAGCGACCAGGAGUGGGCGCCGGAGAUUCUUCACUACGGAAUAGAGCACGUGCCCUGCCUGGUGAUGUUGCAACCCGGAGGGAAUGCGAUCUCAAAGAGUGGCUCUCCUCGCAACCUUCAACACAUGAGAGAAACACUAGAACUACUCCUGAAGCAAGCCAAGGCACAAUUAUGA